AGCAGCCAGCAAGAGAAUAGCAUCGAGCAGAUGGAGUUCUGUCUGGUAUACCUCUAGAAUUUCUUUUUGGGUUAGGGCUAAUUCAUCCUAAUUCAUUUUGUGUUUCUGAUGCUCUGGACUAGUUUCACUUCAAGACUUACUGGAUUGAAUUACCACUCAAUGCUAAAAGGCUCAGAAUGAAAUUCAUCUAAUUGAAGAUGGACCUUUUUCAGAUUGAUUCUUAAAAUGUAUUGACCCAGGCAGAGUGACUCUUUGGAUGGAUGCUCAUGGAAAUUGUUUUGGAGGUCAGUAGGAGAGGCUGACCUUUAUUUCAGAGGAAGUGCCCUGCUUUUAGAACAGUAGGACAGGACUGUACAGCUUUGGGGGCAGCCUUCUGUCUUUUCUGUCAGAACAUUGCCAAAAAAAAAAAAAAAAAAAGUCCAUCGAACCUCCUAACCGGAAAAGUGAGUCACUUGGUCUUUGGCCCUCUCAGAGCCCAUUUCCAAUUGGCCUUCCCUAUACAACUUGCACAGUGGUGUGGGGUCACCAUGGCUGGUAUGAGACUCCGAGAUCUGGCAUCCUCUGAGCUAUACCGACGCCGGCAGGAUCGGCAGAGCAGCACUGGCUUGUCCCUGAAUGGUGGGGCAGAAACAGUCGGGAUACUUGGUAACAUGUCUGAUGCCCUGGCAAAUGCCACAUGCCAGCGCUGUCAGGCUCGUUUUGAUCCAUCUGAAAGGAUUGUGAAUAGCAACGGGGAGCUGUAUCAUGAAAAUUGUUUCGUCUGCGCCCAGUGCUUCCGGCAGUUCCCAGAUGGACUCUUCUAUGAGUACGAAGGUCGAAAAUAUUGUGAACAUGACUUCCAAAUGCUAUUUGCACCUUGCUGUGGGACGUGUGGAGAAUUCAUUAUUGGCCGUGUCAUCAAAGCAAUGAACAACAAUUGGCAUCCAGAAUGCUUUCGUUGUGAAUUGUGUGAUGUGGUUCUUGCCGACCUGGGCUUUGUGAAGAAUGCUGGGAGACACCUCUGCCGACCCUGUCACAAUAGGGAGAAAGCCAAGGGCCUAGGCAAAUACAUCUGCCAAAAGUGUCACCUGAUUAUUGAUGAGCAGCCCUUGAUGUUCAAGAAUGACUCUUACCAUCCAGAUCACUUCAACUGUACCCACUGUGGGAAGGAACUGACUGCAGAGGCCAGAGAGCUGAAAGGGGAACUUUACUGCCUGCCCUGCCAUGACAAGAUGGGGAUUCCCAUUUGUGGAGCUUGCCGGAGGCCCAUUGAAGGCCGUGUGGUCAAUGCCCUUGGAAAGCAAUGGCACGUGGAGCAUUUUGUCUGUGCCAAAUGUGAGAAACCAUUCCUGGGUCAUCGUCACUAUGAGAAGAAGGGCCUGGCAUACUGUGAGACACACUACAACCAGCUCUUCGGGGACGUCUGCUACAACUGCAGCCACGUGAUCGAGGGAGAUGUGGUGUCGGCUCUCAAUAAAGCUUGGUGUGUCAACUGCUUCUCCUGCUCCACCUGCAACAUUAAACUCACCCUGAAGAACAAAUUUGUGGAGUUUGACAUGAAACCUGUCUGCAAGAAAUGCUAUGAAAAAUUUCCUCUCGAGUUGAAGAAGAGGCUUAAAAAGCUGUCUGAAUUGGCUUCCCGGAAAGCUCACCCCAAGUCUGUGGACUCAAAUUCUUUCUGAAAAGCCCCUGCUGGGACUGGAUGCUCACCAUUGCCAUGCUGACCUCUUCUUCCCUGGGUGAUCCUCAUCUCUGCUCCUCCUUUCAUCUUCCUUUUCUUCUUCUCUUUCUCCUUCUCUUGCUUUCUCCUCCUUUCUCCCUUUCCCUUCUCCUUUGUUCUCCUUCCCCUUUUCCUGACAUCUCUUACACACACUGAUUGGGGCCCUGAAGUCCUAAGAGCACUCAUAGUGGCAAGGUCCUACUGAAAGUUGAGAAAAUCGAGGAAGAGAGGAUCUAGGAGGUGAGGAGACCCACCCCGUUCCUAUGGCCCUCCACAAGCUGGCAUUUCUCAACUCUAGCUUCUGAACCCUCUAAGAGUUCUCCAGCAAUAUCCAAUUUGAGAUUAAGUCACCCAGUAAAUGGGAAUACAACAAAUUCCUCCCUGCUGUUUGGAAGUGAGUGCACCAGACAUAACUGAAGCCCUCAUUUAGGGACCCAACUGAGAAUCCUUUGGAAGUAAUGGCUCAUUUUUCCUUUAUUCUUGAGAGAUCUUGCAGCUCAGUGGCAAUGGCCUUUCCUUUUCCUUCCUAUAAGUUCUUUCUCAGUGAUUCAUAUUUUGUUACCAUCUGCCUGAGAAAUUCCCUUCUUUUCUUACUGCAGAGAUUCUUGACCUGGAAUCCACAGAUCUCCAGUGGAUCUAUGGAUAGAUUUGAGGAGGUCAGUGGACUUGAAUGGGAAAUAUAUAUAUCCUCUCUUCCCAGAUAAAUGAUUUCUUUUGUAAUUAUAUAUAUUUUAUGCAUUUGAAAGCAUAAUUCUGCAAAGGGAUCCCUAGAACCCCAGGCACCAGACUCCCAAAAGGGUCUAUGACAUCAAAAAUGUUAAGAUUCAUUGCUUUAGGUCCACAUCAGACUUUGUUCAGAUGCCUUAAAGCGAUGAUGAGGUGGCACUCUCACUCCCAGAUUCUUGGCCACCUUGUAGAUGGUGUGGCUCAGUCCCAUUCAAUUUAAUUAAACAAAUAUUCAUAGAGCACUCUCAGUCCUAUGCUGGAAGCCAUGGAGGGGCCAAGAGAAACCACUGCUUCCCAUUUAUAGAGUGCUCUCUUACACAGCGCUUUUCUUGCAACAAUCCUGUGAGAAGAUAUAUUCCUUUUCCUUAAAGAAACCAUGGUCCAGUUGAGGAGAUGAGACUCAAACCUCUAAAACAUUUAGGAAACUGUACCUCCUAACAAAAGAUAAUGAAAUAAAGGCUUAUGGGCUGUAAAUCACAAAGUGCUCUGGGAAGACAGCAGAGACAGACAAAUAGACAGACAGAUAGACUAGCAUGGAUGGGGGUACUGAGAAAGGAGGAAGCAGGAACUGUCCCGGCCUGGAAAGAUGGACAAGCUUGGAUAGAUGAAGAAGCAUAGAGUGGAUGUGGAAAAUGAAAGUACAGAAGUGACCACAGCCUUCAAGUACUCUGUGUUGAAAAGCAAUAUCAUGCAAAGUCUGUAUGCCUACUUUCACAGGCUGGAAAAGUCAGUCUAGGCUCAAAGGAUGGCUUCCUUCUAUAAUAUCUUGCUUAAGAGGGGAAGUUAUACUCAAGUUAUUGCUAGCAAGCCAUCCUGCCUAUUGCCUUUCUUCAGGGACCGAGAAGCGGGUUAGAUAUUUUAUCCUCCCCUAGAAUUUCAGUGCCUUUAGCCAGCCCUGCAAUGUGGUGUGGAGCUGGUGAGUUUGGCAGGAGCAGGGUAAGGAUGGAGGAAGAGCAAGAGAAAAGAAGGAAACAUUUGAAGGAUUGACAGAAACCUGUAGUCUGUCUUUUUCCAAAUACUUAUUGAGCACCUUUUUGUCUCUGUCUCCAAAGUCUACUUUGCCGAAAAAGUGAAAUAAAUGAACUAACCAUGGGUAAAUUCA